UAUUUGGUUCUUGUGAAGCCUCAUUGAAGGUGCCGCGGAGAAAUUACGGUCGAUGUGUGCGUUCGGUUUAGUUUAGUAAUCCCUUCGAACGGCUUUGUAGGGAGAACUUCUCUGACUUGACGUAGUUUAAAAACUUUAUUAACUCGAUUGUUACGGCCAUGGCCGCAGCUGCCGUUCUGAAACGCGGAGAUGCCAUCUCCGAAAAAUCAGAAAGCAGUGACAUGAAGCUAUUUCUCUCGAAGCUUUGUCGUGACAGCAGGAAAGGCGACGAGGAAGCCGAAGACGCGUGUACUGAUGGGGAGAAAAACGACUUCCGAUGUGGCAAUGAAGGUGACGAGAUGAUGGAUGAUGUCCGGGCUCAAGAACAAGGAAUUCUUGAGCUCGGCGAACAGCUACGCAGUGAUGGAAAAGCAAACGAACUCGGUGAACUGAUCAAAGCAACUCGUCCGUUUCUCAGCAUGAUGAGCAAAGCCAAAGCAGCCAAGCUCGUUCGUGCCCUGGUUGAGAUGUUUCUUGACAUGGAUGCCUCGACGGGGUAUGAAGUGCAGCUGUGCAAAGAGUGCAUCGAAUGGGCCCGCGCAGAGAAGAGGAUAUUCUUGCGUCAGAGCCUAGAAUCCCGGUUGAUGUCUCUGUACUAUGAUCUCGGGUCAUAUUCAGAGGCCCUGAACCUCGGCGUGCUGUUGUUGAAGGAGCUGAAGAAGCUUGAUGACAAACACCUGCUGGUGGAAGUGCAGUUGUGUGAAAGCAAGACGUACCAUGCCCUUGGAAACCUCCCGAAAGCCCGAGCCGCGCUCACGAGUGCCCGUACCACUGCCAAUGGUAUUUACUGCCCGCCGAAGGUCCAAGCUGCCCUGGAUCUCCAGUCCGGAAUUCUUCACGCCGCGGACGAGCGAGACUUCAAGACCGCCUACUCGUACUUCUACGAAGCGUUCGAGGGCUUCGACUCGGCCGAAGACUUGCAAAAGGCGCUGACUGCGUUGAAGUAUAUGUUGUUGAGUAAGAUCAUGCUGAAGUUGCACGAUGAAGUACCGACGGUUGUUUCGGCUAAGCUGGCGUUGAAGUACGCAGGACCAGAUUUGGAGGCGAUGAAGAAGAUUGCGAAGGCGUCCAGUGAGCGUUCAUUGAAAGAUUUUCAGCUGAGUGUGAAGGACCACAGUUCGCAGCUAGAAGCUGACCCAAUUAUCCGAUCCCAUCUCACCACCCUUUAUGACCAGAUGCUGGAGCAGAACCUUUUGCGCAUCAUUGAACCCUACUCAAAAGUGGAGGUUGACCACGUUGCGAAGCGGAUCGCGUUGCCUCAUACGGUGGUAGAGAAGAAGCUGAGUCAAAUGAUUCUGGACAAGACCCUAUCCGGUGUGUUGGAUCAAGGAUCCGGUGUGCUCUUCGUUUUCGACCCGUCCCAGACCGACAAAACCUAUGAAGCCGCGUUGGAAACAAUCCAAAGCAUGGGGAAAGUAGUGGAUACUUUGUUCAGCAAAGCCAAGAAGCUCACGUAA